GGAGCCACGACAGACGAAUACUUUACGUGUCUUCAGUUCUAAUUCUGGGUUCGCUCGCGGUUGGUAUCAUGCUUGUCCAGACGCUGGGGAGCUCCUCGAAGCCUAUUGCUACUUAUCGGAACACGAUCACGAGUGCUUGGGCAAUCAGUGCCAUGAUAUUGACGCUGACUACGAAUGUCUUCGCUACGACCCUCAUCGCUUAUCGAGCGUGGACCCAUCGUCGGCUAAUCCGCUCUCUAACUAGUGGAACCCUCGCUAUUCAAGUUUCCGGACAGAUUGGCAUUCUCGCAUUCUUAAUCGAAUCGGGUACCAUGUAUUGUUGCACUUGGUUCGCUAUGAUCUUUGUUUUCGCUUUCGUAAACAGUGGAGUUUACAUCAUGAUAGAUAUGCUUGCACAGCUCAGCGCCAUCUACCCUACGCUCAUCAUUACACUCGUCUGUCUGGGAUCAACGCUCGACGAUUCUAUCCAGACCUUCGAGCAAAGUCGUUCGUCUCAGCGAAUUCGAUCCCUCACUGACCCACAACCUUCGAUUUCAUCAUCCGUAUUUUCAACAAGGACUGAAACGGAUACCUCAGUUUCCUAUUAAUAUUUUCAAAUAAUCAUCUAGAAAGAUAAUGUCCAGCAUGUAUAGCCGACCACCGGUAUCAUAGCAUCGCACUACUAAGUUGGAUCACGAACAUUCAUGAAGCAACAGAUAUUCAAAUACGGGGAGUACCACGAAAACUGCUUUCUCUCCAGUUCGUAUGCAGACGAAGCAGAUAAUAAAUCUGAUAUUGAGCCCCAACGAGGAUACAAGAACACCGGUUCCUGGGCCAAAG